AUGGAGGACGUGGAGACCAGCUAUGCGGCCCUGUCCCGCGACUCCCUGAAGGCCGCAUCUAUGGAGCAUGGCCUGCAGACGACGGCUGUCUACUGGGAAGGUCAGAUGAACUCCUUCCGCGGAGUCUUUGGGCAGGCCACCUAUGGCCAGAAAUGGACUUGGAAGUUGGUCGAUGAUCGCAUCCGAUCGCAGUGGGGUUUGGAUUCCUGCGAUGUGGCUAAAGAUCCUGAGGUCUUCUACGGCGACCGCGGCUAUUUCCGCAAGUAUUAUGGCGACAAGGAUGUCUACGAGAUUGAGCCCACCAUGAAGAAAUUCAACUUCAGCUUCUUCCCCACCGGGACCGCAGAUCUUUUCAACAGGAAGGCGGCUGGCGCCUCACGCUCCGACGUCAUCGAAGCGGUCAUGCGCAGCGCAGCUGCGGUGGACAAAGCCGCGACCGCCUAA